AUGGAUCACUUAGGGGCGCACCACCUCCACCAGAGCCACGCCGAGCCCAUCAGCUUCGGCAUCGACCAGAUCCUCAACAACCCGGACCAAGGCAGCUGCAUGAUCUCCAACGCGCGCCUGCAGGACGUGGCGGACUACGGCCUGGGAGGAUGCGUGGUGAGCAGCGCGUACAACCCCAUGGCCGGCCACUACGGCUCGGCCACCGCCGGCGGAGGCGGCGGAGGAGGAGCAGGCGGAGGAGGGUCGUCCUCCGCUGGAGGUUACAGCAACGGCGGGGCUUGCAGCAUGGCUUCUCUGGCGGGGUCUUACAACAUGAACCUGGGGGUCGGGACCAUGAACGGAAAUAACCUCAACGCGGCCGGGGGCGUGAUCCGGGUGCCGGCGCACAGACCCCUGACCGGAGGCGUCCACCAACCUCUCUCUACGGCCGUGCCCACCGUUCCGUCCGUGAACAAUCUCACGGGGCUGACUUUCCCCUGGAUGGAGAGCAACAGGCGCUACACCAAGGACAGGUUCACAGGUCACCCCUACCAGAACCGGACGCCCCCCAAGAAGAAGAAGCCCCGCACCUCCUUCACCCGCCUGCAGAUCUGCGAGCUGGAGAAGCGCUUCCAUCGGCAGAAGUACCUGGCCUCGGCCGAGAGGGCGGCUCUGGCCAAGGCACUGAAAAUGACCGACGCGCAAGUCAAGACCUGGUUCCAGAACAGGAGGACAAAGUGGAGGCGACAAACUGCAGAGGAGCGGGAAGCAGAGAGGCAGCAAGCCAAUCGCAUCCUCAUGCAGCUCCAGCAAGAGGCCUUUCAGAAAACCAUCAACCAGCCCCUCCAAGCAGACCCCAUCUGUGUUCACAACUCCUCUCUCUUUGCCCUCCAGAACCUCCAGCCAUGGUCAGAUGACUCCUCGAAGAUUACCAGCGUAACUUCUGUAGCCUCGGCCUGUGAGUGA